AUGUGGAUGAGUAGAACACGUGGGGUGAUCCCGCGGCUGCUGGCGCCCAGGCGCAGCAACCUGACACGAAACUUGGGCGCCGCCAGUACCAGCAGGAAUACUCUGCACGAAGAACAGAACCUCGUGCGGACGACGAUUUGUCGGAUGCUGGAGGAAGCUCAACAUCAUAACCCUGAGGACCAAUUAUUGACGGGAAAGCCCUCGGAUGAAGCCUUGCUGAAAGCGGUGGAAUACUUUGAGAGCCAGUUGGAGGAAGCCAGACAAUGCAUUGCCGAUUGCAGUCAGCAGGAAGAAGGCAGCAAUCAGUUGGAAGAGUGGGAAACUGCCGAUGACGCUUUGGAACGCGCCACCGCAGCCUUGAUUGAUCUUAUCGAGGAACUGCAAGCUGCCGAUGAAUCACAACAUCACACCCACAAAGCCAUGCGACAAAGUAGUGCAGCAACCAUAAAGGCGUUGCGACAAGAACUUGGCGCUAUCAAAGCAAAAAUUUCCGCUUGA